UUGGCUUUAUUAUUUUUGAGGGUAAUACAAAACUUAAAUAAUGGAUAUCUACUUUUCUUGGGUUGACUAUUCCUUGCUUAUUUUAAUGUUAAUACUCAGUGCAGUAAUUGGAGUUUAUUAUGGAUUUUUUAAAUCACAAUCUUCAGCUAAAGAGUAUUUACUAGGAGGUAAAAAAAUGGCAGUGUGGCCUAUAGCUCUAUCAUUAAUAUCCAGUACAAUGUCUGGACUUCCUUUAGUAGUAUUUCCUGUUGAAAUUUAUUACUUCGGUAUCCAAUUUAUUUUGGGAAUUUUUUUGGUAAUAAUAGCGACACUAUUCACAUAUUACUUUUAUAUCCCGGUGUUUUAUAAACUCCAAUUAACCAGUACCUACGAAUAUUUAAAACUAAGAUUUGACAAUAAAAUCAGGAUAUUAGCAUCGAUUUUUUAUACUAUUUACAUGCUUCUUUAUCUCCCUGUUGUUAUUUUCGUACCAGCUCUUGCGUUAGCUCAAGUUACAGGAAUUAAUAUUUAUUUAAUAACACCGAUAACUUGCGGUGUUUGUAUUUUUUACACUACUUUGGGUGGAAUGAAAGCUGUUGUUUGGACGGAUUCAUUACAAUUUGUUGUGAUGAUCGGCUCAAUGAUGAUUAUCGCUAUCGUUGGAAUAAUUGCAGCCGGUGGAUUACCUUUUAUUAUGAAAACGUUAUACGAAACAAACCGCUUGGAUUUCGACUUUAAUCUUGAUCCAAGAUUAAGAACAACAUUUUGGAACAGCAGUAUAGGAAAUUUAUUUUUCAUUUGCAGUUUAAUUUGUAUCAAUCAAAGCACGAUACAAAAAUGUUUAUCAUUAUCCACGUUUAAAAAAGUUAAACAGGCGCUAAUUAUUUUUGGUACUGGUAUGACGAUUUUAGUCGCGUUUAUAUGUAUAUGUGGAAUGACUAUGUUUGGAAGGUAUUACGAUUGCGAUCCGCUAAAAAGUGGAAAAAUAAAGAAACCUGAUCAAUUGUUACCUUAUUACAUAAUGGAUGUUGGAAGAAACAUUCCUGGAUUGCCAGGAUUAUUCGUUUCGGGAAUUUUAAGUGCUGGCUUAAGUACACUAUCAGCUGCAAUGAACUGUUUAGCGGCAACAAUGUAUGAAGAUUUCAUAAAACCAUUUAUGAAAAAAGAUAUUUCAGAAAGAAAAGAAAGUUUUAUAUUGAAAUUGUUGGUAUUAUUUAUUGGACUAAUUUCAACCGCAUUAGUUUUCGCAGUUGAACAUUUAGGAAGCUUAUUUCCUUUAGUUAUUAGUUUUAUGAGUGUUGCAGGAGCACCUUUAUUGGGUCUUUUUACGAUUGGAAUGUUAAUACCAAUGGUUAAUUCAAAGGGGGCACUUUGCGGUGGUACGGCAUCACUAAUAAUAAUGGCGUGGAUUACAAUCGGAGGGUACAUCCAUAGAAGUAAAUAUCCUUAUAUUCCAUUACCACUUUCAACAAAUUCUUGCAUUAAUAAUACAAUAACAAAAUUAACUCAAAGCGUACCCGAUCAAGAAAGUGAAGAUGGCUUUUUUCUUUAUACAAUAUCACAUAAUUAUUAUUCAAUGAUAGCGGUAAUGAUUGUUAUUGUUGUUAGUGUUAUAGUGAGUUAUUUUACAAAAGACAAGGAGACGGUGGUAAAUAAGGAUUAUAUAAGUCCGGUCGCUCAUUUUCUUUUAUCAGGUAAAGAUAACGAAAAUUCGUAUCAUGACGUCGACAAAGCAUUAACUAUUGUUAUGGAAAGAUCCUAAACAUCAUUUUCACAUACGCUAGAAGUUAUUAUUCAUGAUAUUUUCUAUUAAUUAAUGUAGGUUAAUUUUAAGACGACUUUUUUAUUUUAAUAAAAUAUUUUGUGUAAA